CAGGCAAACUCCAGGCAUGAAAUCUCAAAUACCCUUCAAUCUAAGCCACUAGUAAAGAAAUCAAAGGUAUGGAUCAAAAGAAUAUACAGAUAUUGGGCUUCCCAUCAAGUUCUUGACAGGAUUCAACAGUUCUUCAAUUCUCCAACAAGCUAUCUGGGUUAUACCUUUGAAGCCUUGCAUUGUUGAAAUCGCAGAACACAGAAAACCAUUCAAUUUUAUGGUUGAGGUUCACGAAAUUACGACCAUCUUUGACUGCGAUUCUGACAUGUUCUUUUGCCCCUCAUGGAUACAGAAUAAAAGAAAAGAGACACGAGUCGAGACUGAAACAUGACGCGUAGCAGCUUUGGCCUCUGGGCAUUGUGUGCUCCUCUUCUCUAAGAGACGCGAGUCGAGAAUGUAACAAGACGUGCGGCUGAUUCGGCUGCUUGGCCUCUCAAGACCCUGACUCAUGUUCCCUUCCUGCAACUCAAAAAGGAGAAGGAAAAAAUUUAAAGAAGAAGAAGCUCCAGCUCUACAAACCCAUUUGCGUCCACGUUCCAACCCAAACCAGAGAAAGAAAGAGCAUUACAAACCCUAAACCUCAAACUCCAAACUCCCGAGAGCUCCAAACCCUUCUUACCCGUUUCUUAUAGAGGGAGGGAUAUAUCUUGUUUUUUCCCUACUAAGAAUUGAAGUGGAAGAAUCAAAGAGAGAAGCAGAGUCAAAUUCAAGAUGCAGAACGAUGAAGUCAUUUGGCAAGUCAUCAGACACAACAAUAACUGCAGUUUCAUGGUAAAAAUCCCAACGGGGAUUUUCUGUCGCAACCCUUAUAACGUGACUGGUAUUUGCAAUCGAAGCUCUUGCCCGCUCGCCAACAGUCGCUAUGCCACCAUCCGAGAUCACGAUGGGAUCUUUUAUUUGUAUAUGAAAACUACAGAAAGGGCUCAUAAGCCUGAUGAAUUAUGGGAAAGAGAAAAGUUGCCCAGAAAUUAUGAGAAGGCACUUGAAAUCGUUGACAAGCAUCUGAUGUAUUGGCCUAAGUUUCUUGUACACAAAACAAAGCAGCGGCUCACAAAAAUGACUCAAAUGCAGAUACGCAUGAGAAAGCUUGCAUUGAAAAUGAGUGAAAAGAUAAUGACAACACCAAGAAAAGAGAUGAACAGAGAGGCUAGGAGAGAGGAAAAAGCUGAAAAGGCUGCAGUUUUGGAUAAGGAACCUGAAGUAGAAUAUGUUGAAGGGUAUGAUGAACUUGAAGAGGAAGAAGAUAUGGAAGAUUUUGGUGGUCUUGCAAUUGAUGAGACUCUCAAGGGUGAUGACUAUGGUGCCAUGGAUGAAUAUGAUGAAGAUAUGGAUACAGUUCAGCAAAAGAGAGCGAGGACAGGCUUAGGAUCUGCGAAGCUUGGAUACAAAAUUGAAAAAGAAGGCAAGGGUACUUGUUGAGGUUGAGCAUGAAGAUACCAGUGAGAGACAGAAGGUGGUUCAAUGACAAAACUCUAGAGAUUGAGCUUGCAGAAUCCGGACCUGGUGAUGCAGGCAGGGUGUACCACACUUACUCCAAGAAGAAGAACCAAGCCUUUAUUGGCCAUGGUCGCUCAUAGAGCCUCACAGGGCCCACGUCCAGCCUAGUUCAUGGGCUUAAUCUAGCCCAGCCCAUGAACUAGGUUGGACUUGGGCCCUGUCAACUCAAAAUCUCUAUGAGGAACCAUGGCCAAUAAAGGCCUGGUUCUUCUUCUUCUACUGUGUUGACAUAUGUUCUUUUGCUUCCAUAAAUACCCUUUUAAGUACACUUAAUGGCAGCAUAGAGGGGCAUUUAUGGAAGCAAAAGAACAUGUGCCAUUACAAAAACAUAUGUGAAGCAUUCAAGUACUGGUAGGUGAUCCUAAAUCCUGACUGAUGAAUAAUU